GCCCCGCGGCCCCGCCAGGCCGCGGCCCCCCCGCGUUGCCAGGGCAGCGGCGGCGGGAGCGGCUCUCGGCCGCCAUGAGCAGGAAGGGGAAAAAGCUCCUGGUGGACUCGCUGACCCGGUCUGCCAAGCACUUUACCAAAAGCGAAGUGGAAUGUCUGGUCAAGCUCUUCGACACGCUGGUGGCCAAAGCCAGCAGCCAGUUUGCUGGGGCCGGCUUCGACCGCACGGUGUUCCGAGACACCCUGUACAACGCCUUCGGCAUGACGGAUGACGUGGUGUUGGACCGAGUGUUCAGCACUUUUGAUAAAGACAACACUGGCUGCAUCACUGUGGAGGAAUGGGUGGAAGGCUUAGCAGUGUUACUUCGAGGGACACUGGAAGAGAAGAUGAAAUACUGUUUUGCCGUUUAUGACCUGAAUGGUGAUGGAUACAUUUCGAAAGAGGAAAUGUUUCAAAUGCUGAAACAGAGCCUUCUCAUACAACCAGCAGAUGAAGAGCCCGAUGAGGGAGUUAAGGACUUGGUAGAGAUAGCACUGAAGAAAAUGGACUAUGAUCAUGAUGGCAAGCUUUCUUUUACGGACUUUGAAAAAGCAGUCACAGAUGAAAACCUUCUCUUAGAAGCCUUUGGACCAUGUUUGCCAGACAUAAAGAAACCAGAUACAAGUAGCACACUGGAGUCAGCAGGACUGCCUGCAAAAUUAUCAUGCCUUUACAUGUGUAGAAAAUAAAAGUGGUUUAUGAAAAAUCAUGUAAGAACAUGCACUGACAUUUACACUUUCUCAAAUGUAGUGUAAGAGGUCUGGAGUAGAAUUACCUGCAAUAUUCUAGACUGUGGAAAAGUUAAAUAGUAAGAGCACUAGCUUUAAGUGGCAGAUAAUGAGUGAAUGCUGAAUAAAGCGAUCAGACAGUCACUAUUUUUAUGUAUAACAAGCACCUAUGUUUGAACUAUCAGAACUUUAGGAACCCAUACCUCUUUCAGUUUAUUUCGAAUUAAUGUAGCUGAAGUAUUCAAAGACUCAUCGUCCAUAUCCACUUUAGGUAUUUCUGGUAGUUGUGGACCAAUAACAACUUCAGUACUGUCCUCGCUUGUUCCAAUGAGGGAAAACUUGUUACCUUCUUCUCUUUUCCUCUUACGUUCUUGAAGGUGAGUUGUACGAGGCAUAAACCUGUCAAUUCCAUUGCAAGCUGGAACCAUUCUUGGCUGCAUUAAGGAAGCUGGUGGAGUAUGUCCUCCUGGAUGUACACUUGGAGUUAAAGAUGUGUUUUGACCAAAGUACCCAGAAAUUUCAGCACAAUUGUUAUCAUAGGGUGGAGAUGUUAACAGGCUCU